ACCACCCGCAUUAGAUGUGAAGUGUGUCAUUCUAUUGCACGUCAUAUUAAAGAUUUCUUAAUGCUAAAUGCUACUCAAGAGAUUACCAUUCAAGAAGGCAUUCUCAUAUGUUCAUUGUUGAGACUUCAAACCCAACGUGUGUGUUCCGAGAUCAUACCCAAAUUUGCUCCUUGGGUCAUAACAGUCCUUGCACAUUCUGUAUUCUCUGCGGAAAACUUAUGUACAAAGGCUCAUUUAUGCCCAAAACCAGAUACACCAGAAAAACCAGAGAUUAUUGAUUUACCUGCACCAACCACUAAGAAUCAUAUUACAGUUUCCGAACAACAAAAUGACGAUGAUGAUCAAAAAAUUUGGGUUGUUCAUUUGAGUGAUUGGCAUUAUGAUUCAGAAUAUGCUGAAGGCUAUGAAGUGAAUUGUGGAGAACCAGUCUGUUGUCGUGCACCAAAUGCUUUUGGUGAUAAAGCCACCACUCCUGCUGGUAAAUGGGGAGACUAUAAUUGUG